AUGUCGGCCUUCGGCACAGACAAGAUGGAUUCUGAUCUCCACGAGGUGGAGGACUCCUCGCCUGAUAGUGACGGGGCCUGGACACCUGACGAGGAAAAGAAACUCCUAAGGAAGAUAGAUCUGUACCUUUUGCCAUGUAUCUGGCUCAUGUACUUAUUGAGUUACAUGGACAGGACGAAUAUCGGCAACGCCCGUCUGGCAGGCAUGGGUGAUGACCUUCAACUCACCAGCGACGAGUAUUCCGUCUCAUUGGUGGUCUUCUUCGUGACUUACGUCCUCUUCGAGGCUCCGUCGAACAUGGUUCUCGUGCGUUGGAAGCCAUCGCUUUACCUGCCAACGAUCAUGAUCAUUUGGGGCGCCCUCGUCUGCUGCAUGGCUGCGGUCACUGACUAUCACCAUCUUGUCGUCCUAAGGAUAUUUGUGGGCGUCUUCGAGGCCGGCUUCGCGCCUGGUAUCCUACUUAUUAUAUCAUCCUGGUACAAGAAGGAGGAGCAGUCGAAGAGGUUCGCAAUUUACAUCUCGGCAGCAGUUCUCUCCGGUGCCUUCGGCGGCUUGCUGGCAGGGGCCAUCACGGGCGGCUUAGAAGGGGCCCACGGCAUUCGAGGCUGGCGCUGGCUUUUCAUUGUCGAAGGUGUUGCAACGAUAGGUUUCGCCGUAAUCGCAAAGUUCAUCCUCUUCGACUUUCCAGCCAACACCUCGAAGCUAUCGGAGCGUGAGAGGUACAUCGCCAUCCAACGCCUCAAAUCAUCGCGCGUCAAUGUUCGGGCAAACCCCACAGAGGUUAUGGGAAAGCGGAAAUCGUUCGUGGUGGCGGUCAAAGAUUGGAGAACCUGGCCAUUGGUCGUUGGGUACAUGGUCAUCGUCGGCAGUUCAACUCUGUCGUACUUCUACCCUACGUUGGUCCAUGGCCUUGGUUACGAGGACAGAGUUCAAGCGCAGUACAUGACUGUGCCGAUAUAUGCUGUCGCAUUUGUCACCACACUUGCCACCGGUUGGUUCUCUGACAGAGUCGUGAACUGGCGAGGGUUCAUCAUUGCUGGUUGGUUGACGCUUUCUCUGGUGACCGGAAUUGUCGUUUGCACCGUGUACAACUUUACGGUCCGAUAUGCAAUGCUGGUCAUCAUGGCUGCAGGGCUUUGGGCUGCGAACGGAUUGUCGCUCUCGUAUGCAUCGUCAACCUUCGGUGACAUGCCCGCGGAGUCACGCGCCGUGGCUCUUGCCAUUGUUAACGCGAUGGGCAACCUUGCUCAGAUAUACGGCUCCUACCUGUUCCCAACAGAGGACGCACCGAAGUAUCUGAUGGGCUUCGGUGUCAUCUCGGGUCUGCUGGGCCUCGGAGUAUGCGUUUAUGCAGUUUUGAAUGUGGUGUUGAGGCGGAAGAAUAUCUGA